CCUCAUCGACUGACGGACCUUCGCCGCAAACCACCUCACAUCACAUCCCAAUUCAAACCUCCCUACCUCAAUCCAAAAGGGUAAUUAGCAUCGCCAGAUCUCCCAAUUCAAGUAAUCACCGACCGCCCAUCAUGCCCGACUCCAUCGUCUUCUCCCCGGGACCGUACCACAUCAUCUCCUAUGGCGCCCUCUUGGGAACGACAUUCUUCCAUUCCUUUGUGAACGGUAUCACAAUGUUCCGCGUCCUCGAGCGGCCCGCCUUCUCCGCCGCCCAGAACGCCCUCUUCCCCGUCUACUUCACCAUCCAGACGGCCCUCCCCGCCGUCCUCGCCCUGACGUACCCGGGCAGCCACAGCCUGCUGGGCGAGCACGCCGGCGGGGUCGGCGGCCUGCUGCAGGAGUCCAACCGCUACAGCGCGCUGCUGCCCAUCGCGACCAUGUUCGUCACGGGGCUCGUCAACCUCGUCGUCGUGCUGCCGAGGACGGUGACCGUCAUGAAGGCCCGGUACGCCCAAGAGAAGAAGGACGGAAAGAAGAGCUACGACCCGGCGCCGCACUCGCAGGAGAUGCAGGCCCUCAACAAGUCGUUCGGCAAGCUGCACGGCAUCUCGACCCUCGUCAACCUCGCUGGCUUCAUCGCCAUGAUCCAGUACGGCUUCUCGCUGGCAGCGCGCCUCGACUGAGGAAGGAAGCUGCAGCUUCAUUCAAUGUACACCUACUCGGUGGAGAGAUGAUAUCUUUCAGAGGAACAAAAUCACGUUGUUCAGGUUGGUCGAAACCGUUUAUUAGUACCUGUUUAUAGCCCACAUGUGUAUGUGCGCACAGAUUGACAACCUACUGAGGAAAACCAAAACAAUGAUGUAGUAUGUUUUAUUGGAACUCCCCCAGAUCCUUCUUCUCGCUAGGUACGAUACAAUCGAGCGACAAACACGUCGCUCGAGUUUUGAUGAAACGCCGUUUUCCCUUUUGGUGGUGCAAUACCAUUGCUCUCCAUGCGCUGCUGCCACGCCCGAAACCUUCCUGCCAUCCGUCUCCCCCCGGUUGAUUAAUCCGAUCUAAGCUGGGUAUCGUCUUCCACUGGCACCUGGCGGCACACGCGGGUCCGUUCGCGUGCCGAACA